AUGGCAGACAUUAGGGCGGACAAGGAUGCGGCUAGGGAAAGCAGGGAUGACUCAGACCCUAAAAAGGGUCUGGUGGACACCAGCUUUGCAGCGGGGUUUGAGACCAAGGCGUUCGAGGCCCUUGAGAGGGACUUUCAGGAGGUGUUGACGGAGCUCCAAGGAGACAAGAGCUUGGAGAGGUUCCGGUUGGAGUACGAAAAGAUCCACCGGGCACUCAAGAAGUCUCAUGAGAGCGAGAAGCGGCUGAUCAAGAAGUGCCGGGAGCUGAACAACGAGAUCGUGAGCAAUGCGGCCAAGGUGCAGACGGCGCUCAAGCUGAGCGAGGAAGACCAGGCAACCAUCGGGGCGCUCAAGAAGGAGAUCGAAAAGGCAUGGAAGAUGGUGGAUGCAAGCCACGAGAAGGAGGCCAAGGCAAAGGAAAACAUCCAGCAACUGAAGCUGGAGAUAACAAACCUGAGCCGACUGGUGGAGCAGGGGGCAGGCCUCAACGUGGGUCAAGAAAACACGGUCAACGAGCUGUUGAAGCAGAAGGAGGAGCUGAUCAAGGAGCGCGACUCCCAGGUGGACCUCAUCGUGCAACUCCGGACGGAAGUCGUCAACAACAAUCAAAAGCUGCGCGGGGCAGAGCAAGACAAGAUUGCGAUGGAGCACGAGAUUGCGAAACUGAGGGACAGCAUCGCAGCAAGGAAAGCGGACGAGGAGAGGGAGAUGCGCAAGAAGGAACGGAUGGAGAAGGAGCUGAAGGACCUGAAAGCGUCGCUGGAGAUGAAGAGCGCGGACAUCAAGACGAAGCAAGGGUCGAUCGCGCUGGGGCAAGAGCAGAUCUCCAAGCUGGAGCAUAUGCUGAAAGAGCAGAAGAGCGCGACUGAGAAGGGGCAGAAAGAACUGGACGGACUGAAUCAGAAGGUGACAAAGCUGCACGCAGAUCUGGAGGAGCAGAUUCACACCAACACGCAGCUGCUGGCCGAGAACAGCCAGAAGCAAGUCGAGCUUAAACUGAAGGAAGAGGAGAUCGCGUCUAUCAAGCUGGAGGCGGUUCGCGUGAACAAGCUGCGGGAAACGACGCUGAACAAGAUGAAGCUGCUCGAGAAGCAGAAGACGGAGGUGGAGAAGCAGAGGGAUGACGUCCGGGCUGAGAUCAUGGAGUUUGAGACGAAGACAGUAAUCAAGAUGAAGCUGCUGGAGAAGCACAAGGCCGAAGUGGAGAAGCAAAGGAAUGACGUGCGCGCCGAAACCAAGGCAUUGGAGCGUGACGUGGAGGCGCAGCGGAAGGCCACGGACGCGGAGAAGCGGAAGCAGGACGAGCUUACGCGCGAGCGCGACGUCCUCAACAAGCUGAAGACGCAGGCCGAGAAUGCGACCACGAAGCAACAGGACUUGGUUAGGGUUAACGAGGGCGCGAAGAAGAACCUGGAGCAGGAGAUCCAGGGCUACCGAGCGGAAGCGGAACGGCAGCAGAAGCUGAUCUUGCAACUAGAGAGGGAGAGGGAGAAGUACGGGGCCGAGGCGUCGCAGGUUGGGGCAAAGUAUCUGCAGGCUCUUGAGGAGGUCAAGGUGCGCGAGAUGGCGAUCCUGGACCUGCAGAGGAAGAUCGUAGACGGUGAGAACAAGCUGAAGCAGCAGCAGAACCUGUACGAGGCGGUCCGCUCCGACCGCAACCUCUACUCCAAGAACCUCAUUGAGGCGCAGGACGAGAUCGAGGAGAUGAAGCGCAAGUUCAAGAUCAUGAACCACCAAGUGGAGCAGCUCAAGGAGGAGAUCGGGGCCAAGGACUUGGCGCUCGUGAAGGAACACUUCGACCACAUGAAGGUGGACAAGGAAAAGGAGAGCCUCCGCUUCGAGCUCAACAAGACGCAGACCCAGGUAACGGAAGCGGAAUCCGCCAUCGCGAGCCAGAAGGCGGAAAUCGAGAAGCUAAACCACAUCAUCACGGAAGCCGACUCUGAGCGGCUGCGCCAAAAGAAGGAGUACGAUGUCGUCAUCAACGAGAGGGACAUCCUGGGGACGCAGUUGAUCCGGCGGAACGACGAGCUCGCUCUGCUGUACGAGAAGAUCAAGAUCCAGCAGUCAACUCUGACCAAGGGCCAUAUCCAGUAUCGCGACCGGUUGAACGAGAUCCGGGUUCUGAAGAUCAAGCUGCAAGACCUGAAGCGGGAACUGGGCAUUCUUUUGCACUCGGUACAAAACAUCGACGUAUUGAAGAGGGAGGUUCAUCAUCUAGGGAGGGAGCUUCUACAAGAACGAACGAAGGUGAAAGCGCUCUCCGAGGAGCUGGAGAACCCGCUGAACGUGCACCGGUGGCGAAAACUAGAGGGCAGCGAGCCGGAGACGUUCGAGAUGAUCCAGAAGAUCCAAAUGCUGCAGAAGCGGCUCAUCUCAAAGACGGAAGAGGCGGUGGAGAAAGACCUGCUGAUCCAGGAGAAGGAGAAGCUGUACAUCGAGCUGAAGAACAUUCUGGCGCGGCAGCCCGGGCCGGAAGUCGCGGAUCAGCUGAGCGUGUAUCAGGGCAACCUGCGGGAGAAGACGAAACAGAUGAAGGCCAUGGCGGCAGAGCUCAACAUGUACCAGGCCCAAGUAAACGAGUACAAGUACGAGAUCGAGCGGCUGACGCGGGAGCUCGAGUCAAUAAAGAAGAAGUACUACGAGGCGAAGAAGCGGGAGCAGGCAGAGCGAGAGAAGAGCAAGUCUCUCGACGGGUCAGACGCAGCCGUAAAGCAGGCCCUGUUGCGCAGCAUGCAACAACCGAGGUUCACGGGAGGGGGUUUCAGCAUAUCCAGUAACUAACUUAUGGACGGAACAGUGGCGUUUUCGAAGCGCGGCCGUCCGAGCGUGUAUAUAUAUUAUCCACUAGCAACA